AUGGGACAGGAGAAGAACGGAGGCAGCAGUGGCCCCGGCAGCUCGGGGCUGAGUGCAGGCAGGAUCACCACGGUUCCUCAGAGCGUCUUCAGGUCCUCUGCCAUUCAGUCUGCAAUCUCAGUCCACUUGAGGAGAAAUACUGGUGUUACAGCAGUGGCAUUUAAUAAGGAACUUGAUCCUGUACAGAAACCCUUUGUGGACAAGAUUAGAGAAUACAGAACUAAGCGACAGUCAUCUGGAGGACCUGCUGGUACUGGCCCAGAGUAUCAGCAGGAGUUGGAGAGGGAGCUUUUUAAGCUUAAGCAAAUGUAUGGUAAAGCAGACAUGAAUACAUUCCCUGACUUCAAAUUUGAAGAUCCCAAAUUUAAAAUCCUGGAAAAACCCCAGUCCUGA